CCAGUGACGGUGAAGAUGGACGCCAAGAACCUGGCCGAUGAGAUCGACAAUGCCCUGAACUCCACCUACCUGCACCUGUACAACAGCGGCGACUCCAGCGCCGUACAGGUGGGCCGCUGCGGCCAGACGGAGGAGCAGCUCUUCCAGAACGUGAUGGCCGCGGUGGAGACGCUGAAACAGAAGUUCCCCGGCGGCCUGAAGAACGUCCGCUGCCUGCACCUCAAGCUGGACAAGUCGGUGGCCCUGCCCAUCUUCGUCAGCACUGUGUCGGCGAACGCGGUCCCGGUGCCGGCGGCGCGCCGUCAGCCGGGUAGCGGCCGGAGCCCGGUGGUCGGCGAGCUGAGCACUGUCCGCGCUCAGUCUGACGUCAUCGUCAACCGCUUCGGCGACGUCGAGGUGGUCCAGAGGCGGCCUCUCAGCGACGAUGAGGAGCUGACAGACGAGGAGGAGGAAAACUCCGCCGGCCGCCGCAGCCGCAAGCGAGCUAAGAAACAGCCACCGCCGGCCAAGAAGUCCCCGGCGCCGGCGGAGGCGGUGGCGCCGGCGGCCGAGCCUGACUCGUCGGACGAGGAGGAUCUGGAGCUGGCGGCGCGGGAGCGACAGUUCCUCGAUCAACUGGCCUCCGAGAAGGCGGGCGCCGCGCCCGGCCCGGCCGCGCUCCAGGGCGAGGCCGGCGGGAGGCCUGGCGGUGGUCAGAAGAGCCGCGCCGGCCACGCCAAGAAGGCAUCAGGCGUUAUGGCAAAGCAGGGCCAGGUGACUACCGACGCAAGGCGCGGGUUGCGCGAGAAAGGUGCGCGUGCACAGAAGACCGGUCCGGUCACAGCGAGAGCCCAGCGCGGCGGACAUGCGAAGAAAGGAAAGUCUUUGACGCCAGUCAAGAACGAGAAAGUCUCUCCUGCCAAAAUGUAUUCAAAGAAAAAGAUCAAGGGCAUAGGAAAGAUGAAAAAAGUAAAGUGACGUUGGAAAUGGUGUAAAGGAAAUGACCGCAAGCAGGCCUAAGCGCCCUGCGAGAAGCUGUACAGAGGACGUGUUGGGGCCGGCUUUUUUUGGUGACAAUACACAUCUCAUCGCCAGAGAA